AUGACACCACAACAAUCAUGGGCCACCUUAGUCCUUGGUUUCACCAUCUUCAUCUCACCCUUAACAGCCUUUCCCAUCCCCAUCCCAGCAGAAAACGCUAUACGUCCUGAAACAGCGGGGGAGAUCCAAGCCCGAUCUGCAGUCCCUGACCCCAGAUUGAUCCCCAACGAGACAGACUUGAUGGCAGCCAUCCUCGCAGGACUGGGCAUGCAGGAGCUGGAGAAAUUCAACAAAUUGCAUACGGACAUGAAUGGGCAGGAUAGUGGUGCGACGAUGGUGAUUGACGAUAGCCGUGCAUCUACGCCCACUGUGACGGAGCUUGAGAACAACGUUGACAAUGGGAAGGAGAAGGGCAUGGAUACAGCUAAGGAUGAUGCAAAUGCCGCGAAGGACCCUGAAGGCUUUGUUGAUACGCUCUUUGAAGUUUUGAAGAAAAAGUUUCGAGAGGCGAUCAAUGGGAGUGACGAGAUUGGAUUGGUGUAG